AGACAACUAAAUCUCUCAGCACCAGAAAGGCGGCCAAGAUGAACAUCAGGCAGGCGACGAUCGAUGACCUGCUAGGUAUGCAGAAUUGCAACCUGCACAACCUGCCCGAGAACUAUACGAUGCGGUAUUACUUCUACCACGCACUCACCUGGCCGCAGUUGUCCUACGUUGCCGAAGACGAAAAGGGCCGAAUCGUGGGCUACAUUCUCGGCAAGAUGGAAGAGGACCCCGCAGAUGGCAUUCCGCACGGUCAUGUCACGAGCAUCAGCGUCCUUCGUUCCUACAGAAGAUUAGGCCUUGCCAACAAGCUAAUGAAGCAGUCUCAGACGGAAAUGAGGAACGUUUUUGGGGCAAAGUAUGUCUCACUCCAUGUUCGGCAAACGAACCGGGCGGCCAUCGGGCUGUAUCGAGAUUCGCUUGGUUUCAAUGUUCACGAAGUGGAAAAGGGCUACUAUGCCGACGGAGAAGACGCCUUGGCGAUGCGGCUCUAUCUCGACUAGGCCAGACAACAGACACAACCAUGUAAAUUAGAUCAAUGGCGCAUUUAAAAUUGACUUUCAAGAG